CCAUAUACCCAGGGUCAACUAAGCCCGUGUGUCAUGACUACCGAAGCCCACAUACCCUAGAGCCUGUGCUCGGGAAUAAGAGAAGCCACCCUCAAGAAAGUCCGUGAGCUGCCAAAAAGUAAUAAUUAAAUUAAAAAUAACAACAACAACAAAAGCCCAGUUGCUUUUUUCCAGUUACAGAACCGUGAGGCUCAAAAUACACUUGCAAGCCUUGGGCAGAGGCAGGCUGGCCUCUGAGGAGGCCCUGCCAGAUCCUGGCAACUGCUCCUUUGUGAACCAACUGUUUGGUCCUUUUUUUUUUUUAAAUAAUUGAUUAUGUUUUACUUUUUUAAAAAUUAUUUUUUAUUUAUUUGACUGUGCCGUGCGGCAUUUAGGGAUCCGUGACUGCACCCGUGGCCCCUGCCCUGGGAGCCUGCAGCCUUAACCACUGGACCACCAGGGAAGUUCCCUGCUCUGCUGUGUUUAUGGUGUUCACAGUGACUGGCAUUGGGACGCCCUUCACAUCCUCAAGGAAAUAGGCAGGCGGCAUCUUCAAUAAAAUUAGCAAAGUCUUCUGGCUUUUGGAUAAAAUAUUGGAAGAGGCUGAGGUUGGGUGUGUUAAUUUGCAUAUAUCUGCAUGAGGAACACUUUGGCGCCUCUUUUAUAUUCAGAAUGACUGCUCUUCUUGGCGUCACGGAGCUGCUGCAGCUGCUGGCUACCAGCUUCAGAGACUCCCACGUAGGGUCAUGGCAAAGAGUCACCUCUAGGAAGAAGUUAACUCUACCCUGGGUGCCACCUUCAGGGACGGUUCAGAAGAUGGCCUUUCUUCCUCCCGAGACUCCCCUCACUGCGGGGGGCUCAGGAUGCAAAGCAGUGUCAUGAAGGUGCAGAGGUUUCCACGAUGAACACUCACAAAAUAAUUGCCAUCAGAUGCCUGGAGCUUUGCCUUCGGUAUGCACGUCCUUCACUGCGGAGUACGCCAAGUAUGGACACGUGAAGAUGCACCACGGCUACACCAACGUGCUGGGCCUGGGGGACUCAAGCACGUGGAGGCUGCCUUGCCUCAACCGCUACGUCUACAUGUUCCUCGCUCCUUUCUUGAUCCCCAUCAUAACCCCGCUGGUGGCUGUGGAGCGGCUGAGAGAGGUGGAGCUCAGGACGGCCCUGCGGACUCUGGGCCUGAUCUCCCUGGGCCUUUAUUCUCAAUACUGGCUGCUCCUGAACGUGUCUGGCUUCCGGAGCCCCGGCUCGGCCCUGGCCUGCAUGCUCAUCACCAGGUCCCUGCUGGCCCACCCUUAUCUCCACGUCAACAUCUUCCAGCACAUCGGGCUGCCCAUGUUCUCCCCCGACAAGAAGCCCCGACGGAUCCACAUGAUGAGCCUGGGGGUGCUUAACCUGCCCCGGUUGCCCGUGCUGGACUGGGCGUUCGGCCACUCUCUCAUCAGCUGCCACGUGGAACACCACCUCUUCCCCAGGCUCUCCGACAACAUGUGCCUGAAGGUGAAGCCCGUGGUGUCCCGGUUCCUCCAUGAGAAGCAGCUGCCAUACAACGAGGACUCCUACCUGGCUCGCUUCCGGCUGUUUCUCCAACGCUACGAGGAAUUCAUGGUGCAGACCCCCCCCAUCACAGAGCUGGUGGGGCUGCAGUGAGGGGUGGGCCAGCCCGGCCACCCCGCUGUCCUUCCCGGGGGCCCAGCCCUGGCGCUCCUGUCUCUGCUGGCCACCCCUGGGGCGGGGAGGGCACCAGCCGCCACCCAGGGGCUGUGCUUCGCUCCACCAGAGUGCGGAGGCGCGGGUGAAUAGUGAGGCAGGGAGCUCACGCCGGGGGUUCCGGGGGUCACCUGCUCUGCUUGCUUUUCUGGAAUAAAGGUGGCUGGGCAUUCUGCUCAGUCUGGACCUCAGCCAGCUUCAUCUCAGGACCAAACAGCUGGAUUCCUUCCUGCUUUCGCUCUGAGCCUUGGGAGGGCUAGUGGACAGGGGUAUGGAGAGGCUCUAGGUUGGGGGCAGGCCGGGAGGGGCACCAAGAGAGAGGGGUCCACCUGCCCCCUGGCGAGGGCCUCCCUGGUGCCAGGGAGCUCUGGACUUGGCCACUACUCCUUCAUGUGCUGUUUGAGGUUCCGGCCCCAAAGGAGCCCUCUCCCGAGGGACCACAGGGAGAGGUUACCUCCAGCAGACUUUCCUAGUAUCUCAGCCAGGAAGCCUGUGCAAGACCCUGGGCUCAGCAGCUCCCGAGACCCACAGCAUCUGUGAGAUCAAAGUGUGUGUUUUGUGGGGAAGGCUCCAGGGCAGAUGAGGAUAGCAAGGGGGUAAGUAGCCUUGAGCGGGACCUUGGCUAGCUCUCCAAGUCAGCUUUGCUUGUGUUAUUUGCAAGGGGUGGAGGAAUUCUCAACUGGGAGAGAGAGAAAAUGACUGGGAGGGUAGCUGAGGCUGGAGAGGGGUUAUGGGAACUGGCGCUGGAGGUCAGAUGGCCUUGGAGAGGAGAGGAAGGAGGGGGAGAGAGAUGGGGUUCAGACACAAGAGCUGGGAGUCAAGGGCUACGCUUAGCUGUGAAAGGAAUGUCUGCAGCCUGAGAGUGAGGCGGAGAUAUAAGGGAGUGACUGAUGCCAGCCAGAACAAGAGCCUAGGUAGUGGGGACGCCACUGAGAUCCAGCCCAAAGCUGGUGGCCUGGAGAGAGAGAGGCGGGAGCAGCGCUGCCUGGAGGUUGGAUGAGAAAGUGGGAGGCAGGGCCCAGCUGGAGGCUGGGGGAGAGUCAGAGAAGGAGGCCGGGACUCUGACAGGAGGCCGGGACUCUGACAGGAGGCCAGAGAAGUUAAGUUUAAAACAGGUUUCUCACUUUGGCAGUGAUGCUUUAGCCAGCUAAUUCUUUGUCACUGGGGACUGUCCUGUGCAUUGUAGGGUGUUUAGUCGCAUCUCUAUCUUCUAUCUACUAGGAUGCCAAGUUGUGACAAUCAAAAACGUCUCCAGACAUUGCCAAAUGUCUCCUGGUUGGGGGGCAGGUGGCAAAAACCCUCUGGUUGAGGACACACAAGUCAGUCCUAAGUGCAUGAUCACCUUGUUUUUCAGUGAAGUCCUUGGACGAGGUGAAGGGCAUGCUGAUCCUGAUAAAGGGAAGGCUGAAUGCCAGCACGUGGGGUGGGUGAAGGGGAGAGGGGCAGGCGAAGGCAUUCUCUGAGCCUGGUCCCGUGAGAGCACCAGUCUCUGGUGUGGCCUUAGGCGGCUCUGCUGAGUAGCUCCCACUUGCCUGGCCAGGUCCAUUCCCCUCUCCUCCACCCUGCCCUUCUCUCUGGAAGCCCACAGCUCCUGGCCAGUGCCCUCUCCUGCUGCAGCUCUUGCUUCUUCCGGAAUAGCUCCUUCUUUUUGCUCCUUCAGGGCCUAGGGUGAAAGUGUCUUCCAGCUGUUGAUUGUCCCCUCCGUUGGGGGGGGGGGGCUUCAGCACAUCCUUCAUCCUGCCACACCUCUGCACAAAGUUUCUUCAUUAAACUCUCUUCAAUAAGCCCCUCUGAGCAUGCCAUCUGGUUCCUGCUGGGAGGCUGACUGAUAGAGCAGUUUUGGAUCCAAGCAGCCCUCUUGGAAGGAGGCAGGCUUGGCAGCCUCCUCCGCCUACUGCUCUGCUAUAUGUUAUUGAUGCUCUUGUGAAAUGCAUUAGCAACUCAGAAAUGGCCUUAAGGUCUAGGAAUGUGAUUAAUCAAACUGCUAAUUCUCCACAUGAAAAAUGCAACAUCAGAAAAGGCCCUUUGCACCUCCAGGCCUCCUGGCUAAUGAUUAAAACCAUCCUAAUACAACCAGUGA